AUGUUUCACGGAGUGCCUAAGUUGAUGCCGACGAAUGUGAUCCGACGUCGUAAUGCCGACGAGGAUAACGUAGAUGUAAAUUCUACCGCCGACCGUUUUCGGGAUCGCUUCGAAAAAGCCACCGCACAAGAUCGCAAGGAGGAGGCGACCACGAUGGUGAACGAGUACUACGACAUGGUGACCGACUUCUACGAAUUUGGAUGGGGCCAGAGCUUCCAUUUCGCGCCGCGCUACAUCCAGGAAACUUUCUACGAGUCGAUCAUGCGGCAUGAGUUUUACCUUGCCUACACGGGGGGGUUUAAGGAGGGCGAUCAUAUCGUGGAUGUCGGCUGUGGCGUCGGGGGCCCUGCCCGCAGCAUGGUGCGUUUCACCCGUUGCAACGUCACUGGCAUUAAUAACAACAACUAUCAAAUCAAACGCGCACGCGCGCACGACGCGACUUUUGGCAUGUCCGGCCAUAUCAACUACGUCAAGGCGGACUUCUGCAACACCGGCCUCCCAGACAACUCCUUCGAUGGCGCCUACGCGAUCGAGGCGACCUGCCACGCGAAGGAUAAGGUGGAAUGCUACAGCGAAAUUUUUCGCAUCAUAAAGCCCGGUACGGCCUUUGUGGUCUACGAAUGGUGCACGACGGAUAAAUACGACCCCACGAACGAGCGCCAUCGCCAGAUCAAACAUCACAUCGAGCUCGGCGAUAGCCUGCCGGAUUUGGAGUCGACGCAGACCGCGUUGGCGGCGAUGAAGGCGGCGGGGUUCGAGAUCGAGGCCUCGGAGGACCUCGCGGCGAGUUUCGCGGCGAGCCCGUUGAAGAAUACCCCUUGGUAUCACGUCUUGCAGGGGAACUACACAUCCCUGGAAGGGUUUCGCAGGACUCCGAUCGGGCGUUUCACCACCUUGGUGAUGUGUCGUGUGCUGGAGACGAUCGGGUUGGCCCCUAAAGGCGUCUGCAAGACGUUGGCGAUCCUUGAGGAGGCCGCAGUGCACCUUGUCGAAGGAGGGGAAAAGGGGAUCUUCACGCCCUGCUUCUACAUGCGUGGCCGCAAGCCCCUCAAGAGUAAAUAG